UGUACUUGUCAGCCGGGUCUGUAUAAACCAAGCCGAGCAUAAUCUCGUUCUUUAUAGAAAUCUCGUUCAAGCCAACGGAGAGCUGCAAAGCCUUUCCAUACAUUUUUCACAUUCUUGGAAGGUGAUCAUCGAAGCUUCAUGGUUUCCUCUUGCCCAACGCUGGACUUUUUAAACACUGAACCCUAAGUCCCUAACUUAUUUUCAAUGCUGAAGUGAAACCCGAAAAUCCAUCCUCCAAAUGGACCAAAUCCUUCUCAUCCUCCCCACGACUCUUUGCACCCAGUGCUCUUUGAGUGACAAAAUCUUUCUGCUUCAGUGGUAAAACAAUUGCGUGGAGCGAUUGUCUAUUUCUUCUGCAAAUACUUCAAUUCAUUCUCCGAAUCUCUACGCUGCUUCUGAAUCUCUUUCAAUUUCUAUUGUUACUGUGGUUGAAAUGAUUGAUGAUGAUGACAUUGAUUUUGGUCCUGACCUUACUAAUAUUUUUUCUGAAGUUGGAGUUGAUAUGUUGCAAAGAACACCACCAACUCAUGAAUCUAAUAGCUUGGAAACAAAUUCAGACAAUGAGGGUAAAGUGUUUGAAGAUUUUACUGAAUUAAAAGAUGACCCACAAAUCAAUACUGGCUUUGAAUUCAUGGAAAGCUCAAAAUUGCAUUGCUCCUCUUAUAAUGAACAAUCUCUUGGUUGUGCUGAAUCAGGUGAAGGAUCAGAAUUAUGGGGGAAGAAAGGAAGUGAAGAUAGGAUCAGUGAAUUACCUGAUGCGUUAAUUCAUCACAUCUUUUCUUUCCUUGACAUGAAAUAUGUUGUACAGACAAGUGUUUUGUCGAGAAGAUGGAGGUAUCUUUGGUCUUCUCUACGUACUAUAGAAGUAGUGGACAUCCCAUUCAUCAAAGCCGGAGACGCUUAUGAAGUCACUUUCAAUAGAUUCAUAAAUUUUGUGGAUAGGUUACUACUUCUGCGCGAAAGUUCAGAUAUCCAAUCCUUAAAUCUUGUAUGGCUUACUGUUAAACUCCAUCUUGAUGUAAUCGGCAGGUAUGACAUAGCUAGUCGUAUCAGUACAUGGAUCAUGGCUGCGGUUAAGCAUAAUAUUCAAGAGCUACGUCUUUUGAUCUUUGCGUGUGAAAUAAUUAAGUUGCCCGACUGCCUAUUCACCUGCAAGUCACUGACGAAGUUUGUGUUUUGUGGUGCUGGUGUGGAACACACUGGCUUUCUUCUGCCUGAUACAAUGCAUUUCCCUCACCUCAGAUAUCUGGCUCUUUCGGGAGUCACUCUUGCAGACGAAAACACUUUGAUCAGUAAGUUUUUUUCAAGCUGUCCAGUUUUGGAGUCUUUGCUGCUAAUAGACUGCAGUAUACAUUUCGAUUUUUCUUCUCUUAGUCUUAAACACUUCCAAUUGGACAAUUGUGACACCUCUGGGCCCACUGAUACCACUGUCAAGCUAUGUGCUCCAAAUCUCAUAUCCAUUAUCUGCAAAGAUUAUAUGUCACAAGAUUAUUUUCUGGAGAAUCUUUCUUCUCUAGUCACCGCUGAUAUUGGAAUUAGAGUGAAAUAUGCUGAUGAGGAUCCUAAACCGGAAAUGCUGAAAAUAUAUUCAGAGCUUGCUACAGAUGUAAAAGAGUUGUAUCGUGCUCGAAUGAUAAAAUUAUUGAGAGCAGUCCGUAACGUGACAGAUCUUAGGUUGUCCUCCUCACCUGUGCUUCUUGAGGUUGUCUCGGGAUCUCUAGACUUGCUCGCAGGUGACCCCUACUUUCAGUUCUGUAAUCUAAGAUUUUUGAAGGUUGUAACAUGGGUCUCGAGGAACUGCAUGAAUGUGAUAGCUUACUUGGUCAAGAUUUCCCCUAAUAUCGAAUCUAUUUUCUUAACAAUAGAGCAGUCAGAGUUAAAUACAAACAACACAGGAGGCGACUGGAUAGUAGGAUCGUCGUCAUUUCCUUGCCUGCACUACCUCAAAUUUGUUCAGAUUCAGGGUAUUCAAGGAUGUCUCAAUGAACUCAAGUUGUUGCAAGUUUUGUUGAAGAAAGCCGUUGUCUUGGAAAAAGUAACCCUUUUCUGUUCAGAAACAGACUCACCUGAUAGAGCUGCACAAUUGGUGGAAUUCAAAGAGAUGCUACUUGCAUAUCCAAGUGCUUCUUCAAGUGUCUCAAUCUCGAUUCAAUCGUAGGCGACGCUAAAAACUUAAUUAAGUAACUCUAGAUCCCUUGUUUUUUGAAUACUUCGUCGGCAUUGCUCACAUUGUCAGUGUUGACAUAGUUAGCCAAUACUAUUGAAAGUUUCUGCCCUGAAGGUUUCAGGCGUUGACUCUGUGUUAUACUUUUCAGACACUUUUGGCUCCUAUAUUUAUGUGGUUAAACCAAUCCAAGCAUAAUCUCACUGUUUUUAAAAAAA